AUGAGUAAAACUUACAUCCCACGUGGGCAAUGUUUUUUCCCUAUCGACGCUGGAGGGACCAACCCUUUCAGCAUAAACGCAGACACCACCCCUCUAACCCUGGACGAGUCAACCCGCACCCUCUACAACCGCGCCAUAUCCGAUCCCUCCUCACUGACGGAUCAAGAACGUCGACUCAUCACCCACCGCCCCGCACCAGACGAGGAAAACACCCUCUGUCGAAAUGCCUGCGGUCUGUCGAUGGAUGAGCUAAUUACUAAAGCCAUCAACAACAGCAGCAAUGAUGAUGAUGGCUUCUCCCUUAGCAGCCUUGGCCUGAGUUAUAAAGAAGCCAGCCUCCUACCGGCCGGCGUAGUCAAGGGACAAUCAGGCCAAAUCCUAUCUGAGGUAGCGCGCCUUAGUCCCGAAGAUCGGGACCUUAAGGCUCAAGCUAUGGAGGCGGCGAGGACAGACGAUAUCCGGGCUGCGAGGGAGGUCGCGCAGAGGGUUGGUCAGCGAUGGCUAGCGGUGGAGCUAGCGGCGGCCGAAACACUGAACGAUGAUGAUAUUAGGAAUAUUCGGUUUGCGAUGAAAGUUCCAUGGCAGGAGCACGUACUGCACUCCAGGCUGAAUUCAGCGGGAGGUCGCUUUGGUCUCGUGAUAUUUUUCCAGAAAGAAGAAGAGGAAGAAGGUCGUCUUCUGGAGUACAAAUCUCAGAUCGGAACGGCUCUUUACCAUGGACUACACUAUUCAUCGAGGCUGAUCAAGGACGAGACGAGGGACCGAUUCACCCUGCACUGGGUGGCUGUUCCAGGUAUUAUUAAUAACAAUAACAACUUGGACCUGAGUGCACUACGGGGCAGCUUUGACAAAAUGCUCUCAAAUAAUGAGAUUCCUGUUGGCUUUCGACGCGAUGCCUUUCUCUAUGUGGAUGAGGAGGCGUUCCGCUCGCGUGAAACGACAAGGCCGUAUCUCUGGUUAGCUGAGCCUGAACCUGAACCUCAUCCAGAGUCAAAGACAGAGACAGAGACAGUGCCUAGGUCUGGGACUGGGACUGGGACUGGGACUGGAGUUCAGCCCGAGGCUUUGCAUCCCCUAAAAGUCGACAUCAAACAUAUCGCCCCGGUAUUGUUUGCGCGGUUGGUCCAGCGCGAUCUCCAAGGCGAGGCGAGACGGAAACCCUAUCGGUAUACCUCAGAGCUGAGCAGAUUGCAUGCGGCCGCCAAUGCAAGAUAUAUAUGCCCGGAUCUGGAAAGAGAUGGGAUCUGGCCGCCACCUACUCGAUUCCAGUAG